GGACUAUCUUUUUUUCUUUCUUUCAUUCAUACCCCGUCAUGCUGGGACUGGGACGCGCCCUCUGUCAUCGUCGCAGUGUCCUCUCUCGUUAUCUAUCAUCGUCCUCGCCAAAUGACCAAUAUUCGUUUAGACGCAUCGUUCGCGUCGACAAUAUCCCUCAGCAACUUGGGCUUGAUCUCGGUGCUAUAGAUGACUUUUUACAGGCAAGCCCAGUGGAGAGGAUAGAACCUCGAGAAGACCGUAGUAUGUUGGUACACUGUUUCUCCGAAGAAAUGGCCAAUCGUUACAUUGAGACGCAUAACGGACGACAGGAUGUGACUCUAACACUUGACGAGACUCCGUGCCAGCCAAUAUCCUCCUAUGCCGUAGCCAAUAUGGGAUUACUAUUCAUGACUCGAUGCCUCAUGAUUCAAAAUAUUCCUUCUACUGUCAAGAUGCAAAACAUAGCGGAGUUCUUUCAGCCGUACACUAUGCACUCUUAUAAAAUUGAUGAAGAAAAAUCUUGUGUACAUGUCCGCUUUCUGGACAUACAUAAAACAAGAUAUGCUUAUUCUGCUUUUUGUCACGUCUCAAACUCUCAAUUCGGAGGUGCGCGCGCGUCGUUCGCAAACGAUUUUAUAGGCGAUGCAUACAUGUAUCCUCGUUGGUACAUGAAGGAAAGAGAUCUCUACCCACUACGCACUGUCAUCAUCCGAGAUAUCGCAGAUGCUCAGACAUACUUCCGCUGUCGUAAUGCCGUUAUCGAGUUCGACGUCGAUCCAGUAACUCUUGCUCGAUUCAAGCAGCGAAAGACUAUGCUAGUAACUUUCCAAAUGUCGACAACCGCACAAAGAUUUUUCGACAGCUUUGCGCCCUUGGCUGAACAACUUGGCGUCACAGUCUCAAUGGCAGGGGGAACCAACCCUCGACUUGUCACUCCAGCACUUCUCACCGCUUAUGACCUUGGCGUAAACCGAACUCUUCACCUUCGCAUCAACCGGACCCACUUGAAUCUCGCGUUUAUGAACAUGUUUGCGCGUUUCGGUGAUAUAGCGAGAACCUCAGUUCAUUUCCCGGAGGAUCCUAACUCAACAGAAGGAGACUUGUUUAUCGAGUUUCAGAAUAUCCUUGGGGCUCUGCGAGCAUUGGUCCAGCUCUCACAGGGAGCCAAUGUAACAUUUGCAGAUCUUCAUGGAGCGCCUAUGAAUUUCCGCUCGGCGAGUCAGUUGAAGCCUGUGACUUUGAAAUACACUCCGAAUGUUUCUGCCUCUCGGUGGGCUGCUCGACACGGUCACGUUGACAUUUGAUCAGCGUUUUAAAAAAUACACAGUGUUACCUGCGAUGAUUCUUUGUGGAUAUCAUUCUUCUCGCCAAGUUCCUUGCCACUGCUAUCUGAAGCGUCACGACCAAGUCCACAUUUGGUAUUAUGUACAUUCUCCACCUUGACGAUGCAAUCCUUACGACCUGUGAAAUCCUACUGCUGUUCUGUUCUCAACGGAAAUACCCUCAUGUGUAUAUGAACAUUCCAUUCUGUAUUCAUCUCCAAUCAUUUCCAGUAUCAUCGCCGGCGUCCGGUCUAUUCUAAGACUGGU